GGUCCGGACGAGAAAAAACCCAUCGACGAGUUGGAAGAGAGCUACUUUCUCUCCCAGGGCCGGGCCAUGAUGGCGUAUCACGUCCUGAUGACCAAGUGCAAGCAGAGCCUGAAGCCUGGAGAAGAACUGCGCUUUCCCCUGGCUCUCGAACCAGAGGACGCUCGGCGCCUGCGCAAGGCGGCGAAGUCCGUGGCUCUGCACAACUUGCUCAACGAAGGUGUGGUCUCCAGUGCGGUGUGUCUCUUGGAACUGUGCGGCCUCGAGACGGAAAAGCUGCGGGUGGAUGUGGAAGCAGCCAAGAGGAUCUACUCCCACGCGGUGCAGAAUAGCGAGAGCGGCAGCCGUUCCGCCGCCAGCGUCAUCCAACUCUUCCAGUCCUUUCCGGACACCGAGGAGGCUGAGGAUGCCUCUGCGGCAGCUGAGGCGGCCAUCACAUCACCGCACCUGCUGAAUGCACUGAGGAUGUUGGAAGAAAGCACCUGGGCCUUAGAUCCCCACCCCUCGGCCCCCGCGGCGUCCAUCCAAGCGCUGGGAUACGACCUGCCCUGGCACCUGGUGGCCUUGUUCUGCCGGGUGCACUCGCUGCCCAGGUCCUUGACCUUGCUACACGAGCUCGCGCGUAACAACGAUUGGGUCAUGUUUCUCUAUGAAAGCGACCUGCAGCAAUGUCCCGCUGAUACGGUGCUGGACAUCGUGGCGGGCUACUUCACCGAGCUGCCCCUGCAGAGCCAUCUGCAGAUCUUGGCCAACUCCAUCGCCAGCAGGGACCUGGGAGAAAGUGGUGCCCGCGAGGGGAAAGGACCCCGGGGAGCCGCCAAGACGGACAGUGCCAUGCCGGCCAAUGCCAUCGGCUUUCUGGAGAGGAAUCGUUCAGGUUCCGCAAAGGUUGGUCGUGGAUUGCUGCAGCACGCGCUGCUGCACCGGAAGGCACGGCUGGCAGUGGUGGCCAGCGCCUUUAGCGACGUGAGUUACUUGCAGUGUA